GGUUCAAUCUCACCAACCAUGAGAUCAUGACCUGAGCUGAAGUCAGACACUUAAUCGACUGAACCACCCUGGCGCCCCAAGACGAGUUGUAAUUUAAGUUUGCUGGGACGGUGGUCAAAAGUUUCAAUACAGAAAACGACAAUGAUGCGAGCCCAACUCCAUUGCUUGUGUCUCCUUACACUUUAUUUGACAGCUGGAUAUGGCCAGGAGAGGAAGUUUAGUGGACCCCUGAAACCCAUGACAUUUUCUAUUUUUGAAGGCCAAGAACCAAGUCAAGUCAUAUUCCAGUUUAAGGCCAAUCCUCCUGCUGUGACUUUCAAACUAACUGGAGAGACAGAUGGCAUAUUUCAGAUACAACCAGAUGGACUUUUGUAUCAUAACAAAGCCCUGGAUAGAGAAACAAGAGCUGUUCACAAACUCCAGGUCUCCACCCUGGAUGCUUAUGGAGCCACAGUGGAGGGCCCAGUUCCCAUCACCAUAGAAGUGAAGGACAUCAAUGACAAUCGACCCACGUUUCUCCAGCCAAACUAUGAAGGCUCAGUAAGACAGAAUUCUCGUCCAGGAAAACCCUUCAUGUAUGUCAAUGCUACAGACCUGGAUGACCCAACUACUCCCAAUGGUCAGCUUAUUUAUGAAAUUAUCAUCCAGCUUCCCAAGAUCAAUGAUGUCAUGUACUUUCAGAUCAACAACAAAACAGGGGCAAUUUCCCUUACCCUAGAAGGAUCUCGGGAAUUGGAUCCCAUUAAGAAUCCUUCCUACAGACUGGUGGUCUCAGUGAAGGACAUGGGAGGCCAGAAUGAUCAUUCCUUCAGUGACAGCACAUCUGUGAACAUUAUGGUGAAGGAGAAUAUUUGGAAAGCACCAGAGCCUGUGGAGAUUGUAGAAAACUCAACUGAUCCUCACCCCAUCAAAAUCACUCAGGUGCAGUGGAAUGAGCCAGGUGCACAAUACUCCUUAGUUGAAAAGGAGAAGCUGUCAACUUUACCGUUUUCAAUUGACCAGGAAGGAGGUAUUUAUGUGACUCAGCCCUUGGACCGUGAAGAAAAGGAUUCGUAUGUUUUUUAUGCCGUGGCAAAGGAUGAGAUGGGAAAACCGCUUGCCUUCCCACUGCAAAUUCGUGUAAAAGUGAAAGACAUUAAUGAUAAUCCACCUACAUGUCCAUCUGCGGUGACCGUAUUUGAGGUCCAGGAGAAUGAAGAUAUAGGUAGCAAUAUUGGGACUUUUAUUGGCCAUGACAUGGAUGAAGAAAAUACUGCCAGCAGUGUUUUAGUAUACAAAAUUGUGGAUCAAAUUCCCAAACUUCCCAAGGAAGGACUCUUCCUGGUCCAAACCUACUCGGGAGUGGUCCAGUUGGCUGGGCAGUCCUUGAAGAAGCAAGACACUCCGCAGUACAAUUUGACAAUAGAGGUGUCUGACAAAGAUUUCAAAACCCUCUGUCACGUGGAGAUCAAUGUUAUUGAUAUCAAUGAUCAGAUCCCCAUCUUUGAAAAAUCAGAUUAUGGAAACCUGACUCUUGCUGAAGACACAGCCGUUGGGUCCACCAUCUUGACCAUCCGGGCCACAGACACUGAUGAGCCAUUUACUGGGAGUUCUAAAAUCCUGUAUCGUAUUAUACAGGGAGACAGUGAGGGGCGACUGGGGAUUGACACAGAUCCCCAAACCAACGCUGGAUAUGUCAUAAUUAAAAAGCCUCUUGAUUUUGAAACAGUAGCCGUUCACAACAUUGUGUUCCAAGCGGAGAAUCCUGAGCCUCUGGUGUCUGGUGUAAAUUAUAACACCAGCUCUUCUGCGAAGUUCAAGCUUAUUGUGACAGAUGUGAAUGAAGCACCUCAAUUUUCCCAGCGCAUAUACCAAGCAAAAAUCAGGGAAGAUGUGGCUGUAGGCACUAAAGUGGGCAAUGUGACUGCCAAGGAUCCGGAAAAUCUGGACAUAAGUUAUUCUCUGAGAGACAACACAAGAGGCUGGCUUAAAAUUGACCCUGUCACUGGCGAGAUCUUUACCACGGCUCCUCUGGACAGGGAAGCUGAAAGUCUGUAUCGGGUGCAAGUGAUGGCGACCGAAGUAGGCGGCUCCUCCCAGAGCUCCAUAGCCAGUUUCCACCUGACCCUCUUGGAUGUCAACGACAACCCCCCUCGGCUAGCCAAGGAGUACACGGGCUUGUUUCUGUGCCAUCCCCUCCACCAAGAGGGGACUCUCAUUUUUGAGGUCACUGAUGAUGAUCAGUGGUCAUUUCCGAGUCCACACUUUUCAUAUUCCCUCGUCAGUGAAAGCUCACGAAAUGACUGGGAAGUUUCGAGAGUCAACGGAACUCAUGCCAAACUUUCUACCAAGCACACGAACUUUGAAGAGGGACUUUACAGUGUCCCAAUCCGCAUCAAUGAUGGUGGCCGGCCACCGCUGGAAGGGGUAGUCUCUUUACCAGUUACUUUCUGCACGUGUGUGGAAGGACAUUGUUUUCAGCCAGCAGGUCACCAGCCUGGGAUGCCCACUGUGGGCAUGGCAGUUGGUAUACUCCUGACCACAUUUUUGGUUAUUGGUAUAAUUUUAGCAGUUGUGUUUAUCCGAAUAAAGAAGAAUGAAGGCAAAGAUACUGUCGAAAGUGCUCAGGCAUCCGAAGCCCAACCUCUGAGAAACUGAAUUUGAACAGGAUGUUUGAGUUUAUGUACCAAGUGCUAUUUCCGUAACACAACCAUUUAAUCUCAUAAUUUUACUUUUUGUCCAACAUGUGCUCUGUAAUUUUUUACAGAUAUACCCUCUUGCCCUUUAAUAUUUUAUUACUCUUUGAUAUUUCAUGUGCUAUAGACAUUAGAGACAUUUUCCAUUUUCCCAUGACACUUUCCCCUCUGCAAAAGCCUUCGCUAUUUAUCCAAAGCCAAAAAUGUAUGUGUUUUUUCCCUUUAGGGAAAGAUGGACUGAUGAACUCUUCUGUUCACUUUCUCCUUAUCGAGAUUUAUCAGUCCUCCACCACAGAACUUCCUGGAUUCCACUCAUACUUUCUCCACUUCUAUCCUAUGUCUCCUUCCUCAUGUCUCAUUUGGUAUUGUACCAAUUUUAAGACAUUUGUUGGAGACCAGGACAAAGGGAACUCUCAGGAAAAAAAUAAAAUAGGAGCGCCGUCCCUUGGUGUGAACCGACACUCUCUUGUGUUAGUAGCCUUCUUUGGCUCACCGUGGCUCAUAGUGCUCUUCGUUUGAGGUUCGUCCACUUGGGAAUGGCACAAGCCACACAGGCCCCUUUCAUCAAUCUUGGUGCAGAAACCAACCACUGACUAGACUUACUUACUACCUACCAUGCUUACAUGCUGCACGUGUUUCCUUUAUGUGUAUAUUAAUAGUUUUGGUUACUGUAUAUUUAACGGUAAAAGAAAAUAUGAACGCACGAAAGACGUAGUGACAGAAACCAAGAAUAAAUGUUGGCUAUGGUUUUGUUUCUUGAGCUCUUUGGCUCUACUUGCCGGUUCUUUGCAUUUGUUGAGGGAACACUUGGAGAGCCAUGGUUACUUACGGUUUAUCAGAACUGCCUCCCAUGUAG